UACAAGUACAUUGUUUGUUAUUCACCCCUUUCUUUCCAGUCUACAAGUCCCUGUCUAGGUGUUGAUAAAAAGAACUCUUUACAUGUAUGUAGUAAGCUGCAUAGGUACCCAUCUAGGUUGGCAGCCACUACGUAUUCGGACAGAUUAUGUAGGACGGAGGCUGUUAUUCAGCUCAAUACAGCUCAAUACCACUCAAAUCCCUGAAUAAGCCGGCAUCCCCACAUUUCUUUUGCAUGACUUACAACGGGAGCCUACCGAGUACAUAUCGUGUCUGCCUGGAAUAAGCACGUGGUAUCGGGUGUGUACCUAUGCAAAAACGUUCGUUACUGCUAUGUAGGUACUAGGUAGUUAAAUAUGCUCUACCACACAUUCUCGGGCCAUCGUAGCUAGACGAUCUAUAAUCUACAGUAGGUCAUUAAAUCUUAUUCUAAGGAUGGAAAUAUCCACAACAGUCCGCCUCUUCACAUUACCGGAUGGACGGACCAUCUCCUACGCCAUCUACGGCGACCCCAACUCCUCCCGAACCAUCUUCUACCACCACGGCUACCCCUCCAGCCACGAAGAGGCCCUCUCCUGCCAUGACGCCGCGGCCCAGCACAGCAUCCGCUUAAUAAGCGCCGACCGCCCCGGCUUCGGCUCUUCUACCUUUCAACCCGCUCGGAAACUUUUAGACUGGCCGGCCGACCUCCUGGCUCUGGCCGACCAUCUGAAGGUCGACCGGUUCGCCGUCCUCGGCGUCUCCGGCGGCGCCCCCUACGUGCUUGCCUGCUGGCACCGGAUGCCGAGGUCGCGGUGCGUCGGGCUCGGCACCCUCUGCGGCCUGUUCCCGACGAACCUGGGGCUCUCGGGGAUGCUGGUCAUGACGCGCGUGCUGUUCUGGACGGCGUCGUGGUCGCCUUGGUUGGCGGGGACGGUGCUGGACCUUGCGGUGGGGAGUACGGCGAGGAGCGCGAAGAAGGAGGAGCUGGAGAGGAAGGUUGAUGGGUCGUUUGGGUCGAGGCCGAGGGCUGAUCGCGAUGCCUGGAAUCGUGGUACGCACCACGUUCGUGAAGCGCUCACCGGAGGCACGAGGGGCGCGUUUGAGAAUGGGCCCAAGGGUGCUGGGUGGGAAGCCCAAAUCUACGCGUCAGACUGGGGCUUCACUCUCGAAGAGCUCGAGACAGAGCCCGGGAAGGUGAUAUUCUGGCACGGCGAUCAGGAUGUCAAUGUUCCCCUUGCCAUGGCGCAGAAGGCGUCGAAGUUGCUGCGGAACUCGGAGCUGCGUGUUGUGACGGGGCAAGCGCACCUGAGCUUGGUGGUGGAUAAAGCGGAUGAGGCUAUCCACACUUUGGGUCGCUUGAUUGAUGAGGCGUAGUAGAACUUACGGUGCACUAAUGUAGUGACUAUUCACUAACUAUUCAGGCGGUAGAGGGCUGUCUGCUUUUUUAAUGCGUUUUUCGAAGGUCUUUCUAUAUCAUGGGACGGGGACGUUUGGGUACAGCGACUAGGGUAAAAUCAAGCGUCAUCUGAGUCAAAGGUGAUAUUCAAUAUUGCUUAAGAGGGAUUAAUUAUUUUCUAAAAAGGGGCGAGGUUCCUAAUUUAAUUUUCAUAACACUUUAUUACAGC